UUGUCGGAUGUGAACAUUCAUUGAGUUUCACGAAACAAAGAUUGAAAGAAAUGGCAUCACUCUCUGCUUCUGUUUCUGCUUCUGCUUUCCUCCUAGGGUUUCGUAGUGGAAGUGGAAGUGGAAGAGCUCAAAUAUCCACCACUGAUGUCCUCAAUCUUAAACAAUUUGCUUCUAAAGUCUCUCCAAUCCCAUCUUGUUUCAGGUUCAAGAACACUGCAAGAUUGCAAAAAAGGCAAAGGUUGGUUGUUGCAUCUGCAUCAAACUCUAUUCCUUCAGGAGAUUCCAACAAAGAGAAAUCAAGUGGGAUUAAGACGACUGAUGCUCCCCAGGGACCUCCAUUCCUUACCGUUUUGGCUGGUUUCUUAGUCUUUUUGCUUGUAUCUUGGAUUGUCGGAUCCAUUAUCUUGUGGCUGAUUGGCAUAAUUGUUAAGGUGCCACCAUCAAAGUAGGACUGUAGUUGCAAAUUCCUGUUGAAAGCUUGAAUGGAUUUAUAAUUCAGAUUGGAGUUCAUCUUAAUUAAUUAGGAUAUAUAAUAUCCUACAUUCCUCUUCCUGCCUAA